CGGCUGCAAUAAUGGAGUAUACGCUGCUAAAACUUACCACGAGCUUUUUCUUUCUUCUUGGAACUGCUCUGCGACCUGGUGAAUGCGGCGUCGGCGAGAUUCGACUGGUGGGUGUGAAUGCUUCUCAAGGCCAGGGUGAGCUGCAGUAUCUGUACGAGGACGGAGAGUGGGCCAGUGUGUGCAGUGGAGCAGUUGGCGUGCUGGAUGCACAAAUUGCCUGUCAGUACCUCGGAUUCCCGCUCCUGCAGAGAAUCGGGAAAGUGGCGGAGCCGGCUGAAGCGAAGAGUAGGGGUUCUAUAACAGAGUUUCUAUGUCUUUAUGGACUCCAACAGCCUCAGUUGAGUGAGGCUCUGGCUACAGUGCCAACCGAAUAUUGCAGUUACAGUGCAUUUUGGGACACACCCUGUAACAAUACCGUCUAUCUAGAGUGUCAGAAUGCAUCUAUUGAAGAUAAUGCACUACUCGUUUUCAUUGACAAGCAUCGGUUCUGGGUGAUAGCGCCAGGAAAACCACUGCUGACAUUCUGCAACUCUCUGCAGUUCUACUGUGACCCU